AUGGCCAUCUUCACUCGAGGCCCGAGCAAAGCCAUCAACUCCCCGCGAUAUCUCACUCUUCGCCAUGCCCGGCAAAGUGCAGCGUUGCACAGGGCGGCUCAGCGUGACGUGACACCCGGGGCGGCGCCACCAGCGCCUGCAGGAACGGACCUGAAGCCCGGAGAAGAGAAACUCAACGCUUACUGGGCUCCUGGCCUCGAGGCCGGAGAGAGUCAUCAGAUCGUGGCCACGCAAGUCGUCGAGGCGCCGGCGCCGGCAAUGAGCGACAAGCCGCUGCGACUCGUUUCCAAGCAGGAUUUUCUGGUCGACGCGCCGCAGUUCUCCCUCCCAGCCGGCUCUGUAUAUUCCGUAUAUCCCCCCAACGGAUACCCAGACGACCAGCGCAUUCUGCCUCACGUCGUCCUCAGCGACCCGCAUCUGCCGUGGGAGAGACUGGGAAGCCCGGCCUCGGAGCAGGAUGGGAACCAGGACGAACGCAGCAAGGUGCCGUGGCUGGCGCUGUUCACUUUCACCAACGACGAGCUGAGACUGGCACCGGGGGCCUUGGUCGGCACGACGUUCAAGCACACAGACACACUGGCCGUAAACAUGACAGUCCAGGAGCUCCGGGCCAUACCCAACGUGGCCAAUCCCAUACCGGAUGCCACGGGGCCGGAUGUGGACGCCGCACGCGGGGAUUUCAUCUUUACCAAGCCGGAGCUGUUCAGGAACUUGUUCUCAUGCUUUGACCAACAGAACAAAAGACAGGAUUCUGGCAGCCCCGAAACGACCCGCUACAAGUACCUGGCUCACGUCCGCGAGAUCAACACGACGGGCAUGGCGGUCGCAGGUGUCGAGGAGGUGGGCAUCUUCUCCAUCGUUGUCGGCAGCCGGUCGGGGCCGCUGGAUAACACCGCCCCCGUGUCGGUCUUUGUUCACCUAGUUUCUAUCGAGGGGGUCGAAGACAUGAAGGCCUUUCCCGCAGAGGGCUAUGUAGCGCUGUGCUCUCUCUACAGCUGGACUUACACGGUCAUGCCCCCGGGAAUGCUCAACGUCCACGAGGCCUUUGACAACAUUGGCAAGACCCUCAGCGUCCUGCGACCUGCUGCCAGCAUCACCGACCCCCUCAGCAACGGCGGGGACGUGAAAGCACGAAUAGCUGCUCGUCUGCGAGACGGCUACUCGCUGGUCAGAUACCGUACGCAGACUGGAGAGCAGACAGUCGCCCUGUACCGAGGCCCCUUGACGCCGACGGUGGUGCAGCCGUCGGACACCGUGGCCAAGGCGUGCUCCAACUCUGGCCAAGACCUGCAAAUCCUGGACCGCGAGGUCGGCAUCAUGGACAUCAGCUACUCUACUGCAUGGACCUUGGGCCGGACGCUGGCCUUGGGCAACCAAGCCUUUGCCGCCGCCCUGUUCCGGCUGCGAGCGACGAUCCAUGCUCGGACUAUGAAGGCGUUGAAGAUAUCGGCUGUUCGCUCAGCGGGCGGACCAGAGAGCUACCGCAGCCGCUCAGACGUGCUGCGUGGCCUUCAAGAUGCCGUAGACAAGUUGAGCAACUUGCACGCCAAAGCUUCAGGGGACACGUCAUCACAGUCUUUCCGAGCUGGUCCUCCCCAGAAACGUUGGUAUCGACCACGGCUGGCCGCGAACCAGAUGCCGUCUUUGCACUACAACGCUGGCAAGAUCAAAGACGAUUACCUCGAGCAAGCGACACAGAUCGCUCUGGAUCUUGCAAAAGCCACGGAUGGAAGCGUAUAUGACGAGACCAACACACCAGUUUCAACGGACUGGAUGAUCGUGCUGGCCUUUGUACUCGACCGCAUGUUCCUCUCCGGAGUGCCUGCGCACUACCUGAUCAGUGAUCCCACACACCUUCCAGCAGAGAGCCUUCGGUUCUUCUUCAUUGAUCCCGGAUGGCUGGACGCCAUGGUCGACGGCGCUCUCAGUCUGGCCAACCACUCGGGCGAGGACAGGGACAGAGCGGCCAUUAAAGCCGCGAUAAACGCCUACUUGACCCAUCACCCCGAGCACCAGCCAGAGUAUACACCGCAGAUCCCCCGCUAUGGCUUCUAUCUGCGAUCUGAUCUUGUCUCCAUGUUCCCCGAUCUCAGGGUGGAGGUCAAGUCGGCGUCGACCAUCGGGCAAGCGCCGCUGCUGAGACACGAAAUUGUGACCGACGGCGUCAUGAUGGGCCUCGUGGAUCGUCAGCCAGGCCUGCCCGAGUUUGAAUCAUUGGUAUUUACCCAGCCACCUCAUCAGCAGAGAUUUGCCGUCGGCUGGAAGCUCACCACGCUUGAAGUUGACAUCGAUGUGCGGAAGCAGUACACCACAUCCGUCUCAUCAGACAAAAGGGACAAGGACGCGCUACAGCCAGGGAUUGUGAUGAAGCCGACAGAUUUGAACAAUUGGUUCACCUGGAGCACGGAUGCCGCCUCUGGUGCCGAUGAUGUGCGCCUCCUUCGUCUCCCGUACUUUGCUCAGCAGCAACUGGCCUUGCUCCGCGCCUGGUCGGACGACGAGGUGUCCGAGGGCCAGAGCAGGCCUUUUGAUGACGACACAGCCAACUCGGCCUUGCUGGCCAUGCAGCUGACUGAUCCAGUCUACAGCCUCACCAUCAAUCUGGAAGGGAACCAGUCCACGCCCGCCGCUACGGCCCCCCUGGCAGUAGGGGCGACCUCCACAUCUCCCAAGCAGCCUUUCACAUUGACGUCGACCGCUCCCUCGAGCAUCACGCCGCUGGUCAAGCCGGGCGAGGCCGAAGAAAGGGGCAGUGACGACGGCACCACGGCGACCACGGCAACCACGACAAGAGUGAAACCCAACCCGCUUGCUUCCCAGCUCCUUCGCCACAAGGAUUACAAAGUUGAGCCGCACGUCCAGCAAGCUAAUCUCAGCCCCCAAGUACGCGCCAUUCCCCCAUACAGCCCCAGGCAGCCCUCGUCUCCGUCCCCGACCACGCCGGCCCUGGAAGACCCAGGCGGCACCUUCGACCCGGCCAAUCCACCCAAGUAUAACUGCAUGGUCUACUCUCUGGCAAACGAGGACAACCAGGUUGAGACGUCGGGCGACAACCGCCAACAAGACGUCGUCUUCAGCAUCCACGUCGAGAACAACCAGGACAGCGACUACGAACUGCUGGAGCUGGACGUGCGCGUCGCCCUCGGUCCCGCAGACCCGAAUGACCACCGACUCCUGGCCAACUACGACGGGCCCGGCCCCCGGAUGCUGGGCAACCUGCGCUUCAACGUGCUGCCCCAAAUGGACAGGAGGGCGGGCAUCGACUACCUCGUGCUGAGACUCCUGCCACGGAGCGUGACCAAGCUCAUCGGCAUCAGCACCGUCCAGGACAUGAGCUUCCUGCUGUCCCUGGCUCAAGUGAACAAGUUCACGCGCUCAAGCCCGCGAGAAGGCGAGACCACCAUCCUGACGCUGCAGACGGAGGCCAUGUACAGAGUCCACCCGCACGACAUGACUUUGAGCGACUCGUUUGACGUGGUGCUUAGAAACGCCGACGUGGAGGCGCAGGCUGCGUCGUGA